AUGGAGUUUAGGGAGGAGCGGCCGGUCUCUCCCCACUCCUCGGCUCGCUGCGGGCGGUUGUUGGUCGCUCUUCCCCCUCGCCAUCGCGUCUCCGGCUCUUCUCUUCUCUCUCGGAGGGCUCUCCUUAGGAGACCCGUAGUAUGGGGUAAGUCUCACACCGAGAGAGUAGGAGCGGCCUCUCGCAUGAGCGAUAGCAUGCGGGAGCUGCCCCGUAGAGAGAAGACCCGUUCGAUUUGCUUCGCUCAUCGCCCUGGGGGCGCCCAUUGGAAGGAGGCGGCCCAGCGCAUCCGCGGACCAUGUAUGCACCGGAUACCGAGAGGGGACCAGGCUGGUAUGUCAGGAGAGCGUCUGGGCUCUUCCCCGACCGCCUGA